GCCCUCCCUCAAGGCCCUCGCCUCCAAGUACAACUGCGAGAAGUCUAUCUGCCGCAAGUGCUACGCUCGUCUCCCUCCCCGUGCCACCAACUGCCGCAAGAAGAAGUGCGGUCACACCAACCAGCUCCGCCCCAAGAAGAAGCUCAAGUAAACGAUUCUCCUGUUACGGUUUUUCUGCGUUGCUGGGGGAGGAAAGCGCUGCUGGGGUUGUUACGAC